UAUAUGUCCUCCGCUCACGCAGAACUGUUAAUCUGUUUUUCUGCGCGCAAGAUGGUGGUGGGAGAUGCCACCGAGCAGAUCCAUGUUUUCCUCAGCUCACGUGUACCGGCUGCUCGGCAGCGCCCGUCAAGCUGUCGCUAAAGUGAAGAGAGCUUAUUAUGGGAGCUGCUCCUGCUGUCCUAUAUCAACAGCAGCCAGCAUUUCUCCAGUCAUCUCCAGCCAUGGCUCCAAGUGGACGCUGUCAUCUCCGCUGGCAGAGCACGAAACCCUGCGGAAGGCGUUGUUUUUAAGCCAUUCGGAAUGAAGCGAGGAAGGACAGGUCUGAAAUCACAGUGUCAGAUUUUCCCCUCCCUCGGAGAGUGGGCUAAGAGACCGAAGUGGAUGACUCCAGCACAGGACUGGGGGAACCUGCCCCAUCACGUCGUCCUGCAGAUCUUCCAGCAUCUGUCCCUGGUCGACCGGGCCAGGGCAUCAUCUGUGUGCCGGUGCUGGAAUGACGUCUUUCACACCCCUGACCUGUGGAGGAGGUUUGAGUUUGAGCUCAAUCAGCCAGCCACGUCUUACUUACGCUCCACUCACCCUGACCUCAUUCAGCAGAUCAUCAAGAAGCAUGCCCAACACCUGCAGUAUGUUAGCUUCAAAGUGGACAGCUGCACCGAAUCUGCAGAGGCAGCUUGUGACAUUCUCUCUCAGCUGGUGAACUGCACCAUCAAGACCCUGGGGCUGAUUUCUACAGCACGGCCCAGCUUCAUGGAUGUAUCUCAAGCCCAUUUUGUGUCUGCCCUGACGGUGGUGUUCGUAAACUCCAAGUCAUUAUCCUCCAUCAGGAUUGAUGACACCCCAGUGGAUGAUCCGUCCCUGAAGGUGCUGGUUGCCAACAAUAGUGAUACCCUUAAGUUGCUGAAGAUGAGCAGCUGUCCUCAUGUCUCCCCAGCUGGUAUCUUGUGUGUGGCAGACCAGUGCCAUGGCCUCAGGGAGUUGGCGUUGAACUACCAUCUCCUAAGUGAUGAGCUUCUUCUUGCCCUGUCUUCUGAAAAACACGUUCACUUGGAACACCUGCGCAUUGACGUGGUGAGUGAAAACCCUGGCCAGACACAUUUUCACACCAUCAAGAGGAGCAGCUGGGAGGCUUUGAUCCGCCACUCGCCCAAGGUCAACAUUGUCAUGUAUUUCUUCCUGUAUGAGGAGGAGUUUGAGCCUUUUUUCUGCGAGGAGACCCCCGUCACCCACCUGUACUUUGGCCGAGCUGUUAGUAAAAUGAUGCUAGGGCGUAUUGGACUUAACUGCCCUCGGCUGGUGGAGCUGGUUGUGUGCGCCAAUGGCAUUGAGCCCCUGGAUGAGGAGCUAAUCCGCAUCGCAGAGCGCUGCAAGAGCUUGACAGCAAUCGGGCUAGGCGAGUGCGAGGUGACCUGCAGUGGCUUUGUGGAGUUUGUCAAGAUGUGCGGGGGCAGGCUGACUCAGCUGUCAAUCAUGGAGGAGGUGCUCAUCCCAGACAGCAGCUACAACAUGGAGCAGAUCCACAGUGAGGUGUCGAAGCAUCUCGGGCGCAUGUGGUUUCCUGAUAUGAUGCCCACCUGGUAGGCUGACAUGAAGCCAGAGCCAUCAACGACGGGCAUUAAACUAUGUUUACAGUUUACAUUUUCAAUAGACAUAACAUUUAGAAAAGGAAAAACAAAAAAUCCAUUUCAAGAUGGCUCCUGACUGGAAAGCCCUGCUUGGAGAAAGACUUUGGGCCAGAGAAGCACAGGCAUACACAUUUGGCUCUGUGUAAGAUUGGAACCCUGCUUUCCCAGGUGAAAAUCCACUGCCAGCACACCACCAUCACCCCAUCUCUAGUCUUCACUCUUUACACAUACAUGUGAAAAAUGAUUUGAUUUCUUAUGUUCUUGCACAUUUGUCACACUUACAUGUUUCAGAUCAUCAAACAAAUCUUAAUGUCAUACAAAAGAGCCAGAAUAAAUACAAAAUGCAGUUUUUAAAUAACAAUUUAAUUUAUUAAGGGAACAAAAGCUAUCCAAAUCUACCUGAUCCUGUGGGAAAAAGUAACUGACCCCCAAACCUAAUAAGUGGUUGUGCCACUCUUGUCAACAAGAGCUGCAAUCAAGUGUUUGUGAUAAUUGGCAAUGAUUUUGGCCCACUCUUCUUUGCAGAAGAAGAGUUGAAAACACUUAAGGUCAUGGUGAAGUAUCUCAAUCUGAUUUAAGUUCAUACUUUCACUAGGCUUCUCCCAAACCUUCACUUUGUUUGUUUGUUUUGGGGGUUUUUUGGUUUUUUUAGCCAUUUAGAGGUGGACCUGCUUGUGUAUUUCAAAUCAUCGCCAUGCUGCGUAACCCAAGUUUGAUUGCGCUUCAGUGCAUGAACUGAUGGUGAGAAAUUCUCCUUCAGGAUCUUCUGGUAGAGAGCAGAAUUUAUGGUUCCAUUAAUUACAGCCGGUCAUCCAAGUCCUGAAGCAGAUAGUUUGAUUGCAGUUCUUGCUACCAACAGUGGCACAACCAGUUAUCAGGUUUAGAGGGAAUUAGUCUUUCACACAAGUGCCAGGGAGGUUUGGGUACCCUUUUUCCUCUCAACAAGCAAAGUCAUUGUUUAAAAAAACUGCAGAAUGUAUUUAUUUCAGUUUUCUGUGUCUAAUAUGAAAAUUUGUUUGGUGAU